UGACGUGGAGUCGGCCAAUCCAGACACACCUACACUGUAGUGAAUGAAUGAUGAUCAGACCUGCGUGUCAGACGGGCUCCUGGAGUGGUGAAGGGCAAGUUGAAACCCAAGCGAAGGUGUGGCGUCUACCGUGUGACGCCUUCAUGUUACAAGAACUUCCAUGGCGUAAUAAUGGAACGCACUCCGGGCGGGGACAUAACAAGACAUCGCGUCCCUAUGUUUAAUCCAAACCAACAACGACUCAGAGGAGUCAUUGCAGGGGGUGUUGUUUUUUUUUAGCGAAAAAGCUGAACUGCUGAAACUGUGACGGUGUCAUGUGGUACAAAGCAGAGGAAUAACACGACCUGGAGGUAGGCAUACUCUUUUCUCCGUGUUUAACCCCGGGCGGCUGUCUGCUGACCACGCGUCGAAAUUCUCACAAUGUCCGAGGCGCUGACCGCCAGGGGCACACUGUUUGGAAACAUGCAGCUGGAGUAGAAGGUGAUUGGCUUGGAGGAAAAUGUGCAUUUGUAAAAGUGGGUCAGCAAAAGCAUCCCCUUUGACUUGAGAUCCACAUCAUUGCCUUUUUCUGAUCUACCCGAGACUGAACAGACACUUCGCUUUCUCCGUCGAGCUUCGCCUUCCCUCGUUCACUCUGAGCCACGGUCUGCUGAGGCAUCAUGCGGAGGUUCAGCUCCGAGGGGUCCCUCCUGGACAUGGACGUUAUGCCCUGGAGAGGGAUCCAGCUGAAAGACCCCCCGGUACUUAACAGGGAGUCGGGCACCCACACGCAUCUACUCGGCCCCUCCGAACAGGCCCGGAGCGCGACGCUGCCCCCGACCAUCCGAGAACUGGGUUCGAGUCCCGGCUGCCCGGCCACGUUGACCAAGGAUCUCAGCGUCAGCGUGGAGGACUUGAAGGAGCUGAGCAAGCGGAAGAUGGACAACCUGCGAGUAGGGACGAUGGGCGAGAGCUUCCGUGCCUACAGCGACGGCCAGCUGGCGCCCUCCUCCCAAGGCAGCAGCACCGGGAGCUUGGAGAGGGACGACACGCACCCGUCCUCCCCGUCCGACCCCUCCUUGAAGUCGCGCCACCACCGUGAGCGCGCCAAAGCAAAACUGUCUGCUGCCAAACUUCACCUAAAAAGUUUGUUUGAACUGAAUCAUCAUUCGUCCAACUCCAAUAUAAGCCAAGCAGUCCAAAAAGACAGUGCCAAGGAGAGGCGCUCUCGCCUUCGCUUCAUGCGCCAGUGGAGUCAAGUGGGUCACAGUGGGGGAUUGAGGUUCAGUUUGGAGGCGCUGGAGAAUUGGGCCCGGUCUCUCAACGCCCUGCUUGCGAGUCAGGAGGGAGUGUCUGUGUUCGGUGCAUUCCUGCGCUCCGAGUUCAGCGAGGAGAACCUGCAGUUCUACCUGGCGUGUGGGCAGUACCAGCAGUCCUCCAACAACUUCAGCCUUCAGCGGAGGGCCAAGGACAUCUGCACCACCUACAUCCAGCCUGGCUCCCCCCGUGAGGUGAACCUGGACAGCAAGACCCGGGACCUGACCCUCCAGCUGCUGCAGGCACCCUCACACACCUCCCUGCUCCCCGCUCAGAAGCGCAUCUACUCCCUGCUGGACGCAGACUGCUACCCCCGCUUCCUGCAGUCCCCUCUCUACCUCUCCCUGCUGGAGGACGCUCGCUAGGCCUGGCCCAUAGCGGUGGACCUCAACGUGUGUGUGUGUGUGUGUGUGUGUGUGUGUGUGUGUGUGUGUGUGUGUGUGUGUGUGUGUGUGUGUGUGUGUGUGUGUGUGUGUGUGUGUGUGUGUGUGUGUGUGUGUGUGUGUGUGUGUGUGUGUGUGUGUGUGUGUGUGUGUGUGUGUGUGUGUCAGGGUUUUGUUCUAAAAUAGGAAAAUGUAUGGCUAAAAACUAUAUUUGUUUUGAUCUUGCUGAAAUUAUUUAUUGAAAUGUAUAAAAAACAUUCAGAAAAAUGGGCUGUAAAUUGGCCAGAAUGCAAAGAGACUGUAGGGAGUCAGGAAGUAAAAAGACCAAGUCAAGGAGUGUGUCAUCGAGGACUCAUCGAGUGUGGCGUUAAUAAACAGUCAAGCCAGCAUGUCGACCGAGUGGAGGGUGGACUGAUCCCUUGGGGAGGAGUCCUGUUCCUGCUCAAUGUGAACUGGGGAACUAUGCACAUGUCUGCCUUCUAAUCAUUAAACGCCCUCCUUUUGCGGGCCUCACUGGGUGCAGAUUAGGUGCUUACGGUCCAAUGAGCACAUGCAAAUGUCAUUCCAUGAAACCAAGGAGAACAAGUCCGGUGAGAAUGAGCCAGGUUUUAAAUGUUAUAUAUGGGGUUGGUCAGAUAUUUGAGUGAAUGUAUUUUUUAAGAACCUUGUAACACCCCCCCCCUCCAUCUUGAUUUCACCGAGGUUGUAGGCUUUUUCUUACGCUUUCUUGUCGAGCAAAAUCUCCUUUGAUGUUGCUCUAUGUAAAAUGUAAAUAAAAAUGUAUUUAUGUGUGGUUGAACGGUCAUCAACUUCAAACAUUAACAUUCCUUAUUGUAUUAUCCCUCAAAUCUAGAGAUUAGUUAGAUACAAUAAUAUGUGGAAGGUGCCGUCCUUCGGAGGAGACGUCAAACCGAGGUCCUGACUCACUGAGGUCAUAAAAGAUCCCAGGGCACUUAUCACAAAGAGUAGGGGUUUCCCCGGUGUCCUGUUCCAACCAGGCUCAUUCAAUCUGGCCCCCUAAUCAUCCUCCUGUAUAAUUGGCGGACUCAUUAAUUCCCUCACCCUCCACCUCAGGCUGGUGUGUGGUGAGCGUUCUGGUGCAGAUUGGCUGCUGUGCAUCACCCAAGUGGGUGCUGCCUUCACUGUAAAGCGCCUUUGAGUGUCUAGAAAAGUGCUACAUAAAUUCAAUCCAUUAUUAUUAAUACAGUGGGUAUGGAAGCAUAUAUGUAGCAAAAUUCAAAUGGCAAUGCAAUUUGCAAUUUGCAAUUCAAUAAGUAAUUACGUUAUGCAAUUGACAAUGCAUUAUGCAAUUUCAUAAUGUAAUUUGUAAAUACGUUAUUCAAAGUGUAUUUUAAAAUGCAAAGUGACAAUGCAAUCCUCAAUUAAAUGUGCAAAAGUUAUAACAAUAAAAAUACAAUAACAUUUUGUCAAAUUCUUUGAGUUCCUUUAUUCAAAUUGAAAAGCUAUAGCGUCCCCGUGAUUGCAAUCCACUUCGCCACGCUCCGUGUGUUGCGAUAUUCAAAUGACAUUUCAAUCCGCAAAACGGAAUCCAAAACGGAAUCCAAAGAGGAAUCCAAAGAGGAAUCCAAAAAGUAAAUAUGCAAAGUGGCAAACGUAUCAGCCACCAGCGGGAACUACGUCACUUUCUAUUGUGUCAGACUGUUUUAUGUGUGGGGGGAGGGAGUUCCAGAGCCUGGGUGCUGAACAGCUGAAUGACCGGGCACCCAUUCGUAAUGAGUCGUGAUGUGGGGAUACAUAGUAGUCCAGCAGAGGUUGAGCGGAGGGAGCGGGAGGGAGUGUAUUCUUGGAGGAGGUCCCAGAGGUAACUGGGGGCUAGGUUGUGGAGAGCUUUGUAGGUGAGGAGUAGGUGGAGACGGUGGGUCUCCCGACCCUAUGUUUCGCACCCAGUGCCUGUAGCACUUUGGAAAUCUUUGUGUUUACCACACUGGCGUCAAAACGUACCCGUGAGGAUAAGUCGUCUAUCCUAUCUCCCAGAACACGCACUCUAUCUACUGCAUCUGUGUCUUCAACACGAUUGUUCUCCACAUCAUCGGCCAAACUUCGGAGCGUAUCAAUAAUCACCAUUGGUGACCAUGGACCUGACACAUACGAACUAGAAGUGAACAAGGGAAUUACGAGCAAGUGACGUAGUUCCCGCCCAGACGCUGAUUGGCUGAUACGUUUGCCACUUUGCAUAUUGACUUUUUGGAUUCCUCUUUGGAUUCCUCUUUGGAUUCCGUUUUGCGGAUUGAAAUGUCAUUUGAAUAUCGCAACACACGGAGCGUGGCUAAGUGGAUUGCAAUCAC